AUGGGUAACACGUCGAUCAAAUGGACAAAACCGAAGCUCAAACCUGAGCACUUGCUUCAGCGCUUGGACUUUUGCUCAAAUCUUCUUCAGGACUACAGUAAGAGCAAUUACACUGAGUUGUUUAAUGUAGUCCAUAUUGAUGAGAAAUGGUUUUACAUCACGAAACUGCGCCACCGCUUUUACCUCUGGACCGAUGAAGACAACCCGCCUAGACAUGUCCAAUCCAAGAGCCACAUCACCAAGGUCUAUCGAUCGUUCUUGGUUGACAAAGUACUCCCAGCGAUCAAGGCCAAGUGGUGCUGGUUGACAAACGACAACGAUGGCGUGGUCUACCUUCAACAAAACAAUGCCCGUGUCCACGUGACCUUCGAUGGCCCACAAGUUCUGAGUGCUGCUGAGCACUCUGAGCUCUCGAUUCGCGUCCGGAACCAGCCUCCCCAAAGCCCAGACCUGAAUGUUUUGGAUCUGGGAUUUUUCAACUCAAUCCAAGCGCGUCAGCAAACGAUGGAGUACAGGACCAUCGUCGAGCUCGUUCUGGCUGUGCAAACUUCCUUUAGUGCAUUGUCGACUGCGAAGUUGGAGAAGACCUUUGGCAAGUUGGAUCGAGUUAUGCGUGCAAUUGUCGAGGCAAAGGGCGGUAAUACGUACAAGAUCCCGCGGAGUAAGGAAAGGGGUAAAGAUCAGAUCGACGAAGACGUCAUGGCGAGCUUGCAAUUGAUGAAACUUCGUGUAGAAGAGGAAAGUAAGUUGGAUGAGUUGUGUGAUUUUGUAAACACCAUUGCCGUUUAG